AUGCGCGAGUUCAUGAGCUAUGUGCAGAGCGCGUUCUACGACGCCACCGGCUGGAACCGCGACAACUCGUACUCGACGCUCAACGCAACUGCAGAUGCACUCCUCAACUUCCCAACACCGCAGGGCCUACGCCUCACACUCUCCUCUCUCGCGACCCCUCACUUUGCGACAUCAUACCAGCUCGGCUCCGUAGGCGUAGUCGACGGCUCCAUCUCCUACCUUUACUCCUCCGUGCCCCUCCGCGCGCACCUCACCCCGCAAUCCGAUGCCGUACCAUUGCCGGCACUGCUGCGCUCGUACCGACCGCUCGCCGACCUCCCGCCUCGAACCUCGAAGCCUUACCCCCUCCUUAGUCCGGCCGCGGCCUCCCUGCUCUACGGCCGUUUGUACCUCCCUGAGUCCAUGCUCGAAGCUCUCGUCGUGAAAAGGAUAUCCCCCGCGCUGCAACUCCAGCUCAGCGCCGUCUCAGGAAAGUUUCUCCGCAACGGAGGCACUGUCUUGGGACUGGCUCAGUAUGAUGUCGGCAGAUACGCUAUCGAAGGCCUAGGUUCGUCCGACGGCGGCCUGCUGGGCUUCAGAGGCGCGUACAACUUUGGUGGUGAUACAGAAGAUAUCCAAGCUCUACGAUCGGGCGGCAAGCUGGGCGGACACACGGACGAAGCGAAGGAACGAAUCUACGGACGCUUCAGCGCCGGCGGGGAGAUCUACUACGGCCUACUUAACAAGUCGGGCGGCGUCAGUUUCGGCGGACGCUUUGCGACGCUCCCGGAGCACCGCGGCACCCCGCUGACGGCGACAAUGACGAUCAACCCCCUGAUGGGCAACAUAAGCGCCAGCUACGCAGUAGUAGCAGGCAAGCACUGCAGUCUCGCGACGAGGAUGGACUUCAACGUGUACAGCUACGAGAGCGACUGGUCCGUGGGCAUGGAGCUGUGGCGCAAGAACCUGACCCGCAACCUCGAGCCCGCGCUCUCGGCCGAGAGCUUUGUCAAAAAGGGCCGCAGUUUCCAGGCAAAGCUAGAGUGGAGGCUGGACGACGAGCUGCCCGAGUCACCGAAGCUGCAGCCGAGGCUUGUCGUGGAAGAGCCAGAGCAUGAACGGAAGAAUCAGCCGAGAGAACGCAGCUUUCAGGCGAAGAUGGAGUGGAGAUUGGACGAUCCUGCGGUGGAUAGAACGAAAGAGGCGGCGGCGGCGGAUGCCGGCACGGCGGCAGAGACCAAGGGCGCGGAUGAAUACGGCAGCGUCAUCAAGGCGCGGCUGGACCAGAACAUGAAGAUUGGGGUCUUGUGGGAGGGGAGGGUCAAGUCCCUCCUGUUCAGUCUCGGCAGCGCAAUCGACCUGCGCAAGCUCGACUCGCCGUUCCGCACGGUGGGCGUGGAAAUUCAAUUUUCAUCAUGA